AUGGAUGAAAAGACUCAACAUAAAAUGGAAGUUGAUUUCUCCAGCACUGUUGAUGAUCUUCUGGUAACUGUCAAGUCUUUGUUAUUGGCCGGCAAUUUUGAAUCAGCCCUUGAACAGUGCAUUUCUCUUGAGAAGCAGACACGAAUAGCUUCUGAUGCUAUAUCCACAGGACGACUCUUGGAGGCUAUUGUUGAAAUUCUGGCUGAGAACGCCCAGUGGAUACGACUAAAUGAACACCUUAUUUUAAUGACUAAAAAGCAUGGUCAGAUGAAACAGGCCGUAUCCAAAAUGGUGCAGAAAGCUAUGGAGUAUUUAGACAAAACUCCUGAUGAACCAACUAAACUCGAGUUGAUAGCGGCUCUUAGGACUGUUACUGAGGGGAAGAUAUACGUUGAAACUGAGAGGGCCCGCCUAACCAAAGAGUUAGCACGGAUCAAAGAGUCUCACGGUGAUAUUGAAGAAGCUGCAACAGUGUUACAGGAUCUUCAAGUUGAAACAUUUGGUUCAAUGGAAAAGAGGGAGAAAGUUGAGUUCAUGUUGGAGCAAAUGAGACUUUGUUUAGCUAAGAAAGACUUUAUUCGUACCCAAAUUAUUAGCAAGAAAAUAUCAACGAAGUUUUUCGCUGAAGCGGAAAACGAAGACCUGAAACUGAAGUUCUACAACCUAAUGGUCAACUUGAACGCUCAUGAUUCUCUUUACUUAAAUAUCAGUAAGAAUUAUUGGGAAAUAUACAACUCCAAGAGUGUACAAGAAGAUGAAGAAAAACGACUACUAGUACUCAGACAUGUAAUCGUUUAUUUACUACUAUCACCAUAUGACAACGAGCAGCAUGACCUAAUGUGUCGUAGGCAGUUGCUAAAGGAUAUGGAAAAAAUCCACAACUAUCUCGAUAUGCUCAAAGCAUUCACAACACAAGAAUUAUUGAAGUGGGAUGAAUUUUGCACUCGGUAUGAAUCAGUCUUACGUUCAGAAACUGAUAUAUUUUCCAAGAAAGUUGAUGAAUCAGAGUCUGACAAACAUUGGCAUGACUUACAUUUACGUGUGGUUGAGCAUAACAUUCGUGUAAUAUCUGGUUACUACACUAAAAUCCGCCUGUGUCGAUUAGCUCAAUUACUAGACCUGAACGUUGACAAAGCAGAAGAGUACUUGUCGAAAUUAGUAGUAAAUAAAACUGUCUACGCAAAAAUUGAUCGACUUGAAGGAGUUGUACACUUUACAUCCAAAAAGCUGCCUACAGAAGUUUUAAACGACUGGUCAUACAACGCUAGGAAUUUGAUGGCAUUGAUCAACCAGACUACACAUCUCAUCAACAAAGAACGUAUGGUUCAUGGUGUAUAA